UUUUGUUCUAAGGUGACAUCAAAAUACUGGGAUUAUUUUGGAUUUCAUUCUUUGAAGGAAAGGCUUAAAGAUGACCAAGGAAGAUUACAAGAAACGCCUUGUUGUAUUUUUCAGCGAAAAAUUGGAUGCUGAUAAAAAUGGAUAUAUUUCCUGGGAUGAUUACCGAUUGAUGGCUUUAAGAACAACAUUUCAGCAAAAUAAUGGGGAGUACAAUGAGGAUAUCCACAGAAAAUAUUUGACUCACAGCAAGCAGAUGUGGGAAAGCCUUUGCAAUGAUGUAGGAGGAAAUAAGGAUGGAAAAGUUCAUUUCCAAGAUUUGGUGAAUUUUCUGUAUGAGUUAACCAGUCGCACUCGCCAUUUUGAAGAACUUCCGGAUUUUCUACAAAACCUGGCGAUAGAAGUAUUCCACAUGAUAGACAAGAAAUGUGAUAUGAUGUGGGAUAGAGAUGAAUAUCGUUUUGGAUCAGUCAUUUGGUGUUAUGUGACGGAACUAAAGGAGAUCGACAAAGCAUUUGAGUCUAUGUUAAGCAGUGACGAUCGAAAAAGAGGUGGCAUCACUCUCGAGCGGUUCAAGGAAUUAGUGACCGAAUUUUUUACGUCUUUGGAUGCAAAUACUCCAAGCCGAAACAUUUUUGGACCUCUAGAUCCUAACAUGGCGGAUGAGAUACUGUGCCGAGCUGCGCCAGUUUGUUAAUGAACAACAAAAA